ACGCUGACGAAUAAGGCGCUGCAGUCGGUGCCGUGUCGGCGGCGAGUGAUGCUGUCGGGGACGCCGAUGCAGAAUCACCUGGACGAGUUCUACAGCAUGGUGAACUUUUGUAACCCGGGGUUGUUGGGGACGACCGCGGAGUUCCACAAGCACUACGAGAAGCCGAUUCUGGACGGAAGAGAGCCGGACGCGACGGAGAAACAGCUCGCGCUCGCGCAGGAGCGCAACGCCGAGCUCAGCGAGCUCGUGAACAAAUUCGUGCUCCGACGCACGAACACCAUCCUGUCGAAACACUUACCCCCGAAAGUCGUCGAGGUCGUGUGCUGCAAGCUGUCGCCGCUGCAGCAGCAGCUGUAUCAGCACUUUUUGGACUCCAAGGCGGCGAAGGCGGCGUUGACCGGGAAGAGCACGAUGGUGCUCGCCGCGAUCACGGCGUUGAAAAAACUGUGCAACCACCCGAAGCUGAUU